AUGUCCUUCCACUUCUCGGACACGGCAGUGCUGCUCUUUGACUUCUGGAGCAUCCACACUCCGGCAGGGAUGGCCCUCUCCGUGCUGGUGGUCCUGCUGCUGUCGAUGCUUUAUGAAACCAUCAAGGUGGGCAAAGCCGUGCUGCUGCGACGGGCGCUGCUGGCUCUGCCUCGCACCCUCAGCCGGGAGUCACUGGUGGAGCCGGAGGAGGAGGAGGAGGAGGAGGGGGGCACCAGCCCUGCGCAGGGCAGAUGGUUUCGAUACCACCUUGGCCAGGCGCUGUUACAUGUGGUGCAGGUGGCGCUGGGCUACAUGGUGAUGCUGGCCGUCAUGUCCUACAACGCCUGGAUCUUCCUCGGGGCCAUCGCGGGCUCCACACUGAACUAUUUUGUGAUGUACCCCCUGCUCGGUCGGGGCUAG